AUGCCAAAACUAGGAGUAGGCAAAACUAUUCUGAAACGACCAACACUAACAAAGGGCCAGAAAGACUCCGCCGAGGAACACAACAAGACCACCCUCCCAGAACCCCGGAGAAGGAGCGGCCAGACCAAGUCUGCAAAUCACGAUCCCCAAGAAGUUGCAACGAGCCAAUUUGACAAUGGAGGAAGAUGA